AUGAUCAUCCCACGAGACUUUGACAGUAACCCGCAAACUUCAAUUGCGUUGUCUUUGCUUCUCACAGUAGCAACAAGCUACCUCUUCCACCGAGAGGACGAGCUCUUGUCGGAGAUUAUUUGUUGGGCAUGCUUACCGAUGAUAUUUGGGGCCAAUACCUUGAUAGCACAUGCCCGUGUAGAUUCACCGACCAGACCCGAGACUCGGCAUACUCUUCCCUCGGUAUUGCCACUGUGGGCUGUUGCGGGUUGUCUUUCCAUCGUAUCCGGAUGUCGAGCUGAGGCCGACAGCUACAAGCUCUUACCUGUACUGACCCCCUUGCUCCUUUGGACGGAGAGGGGCCUGAGUCGUAGCGCUCGGGGGCGCGAGACCACGGACAAUUCAAAGUUAGCCCCCUUGUGCAGUAAGCUCUGGUUAGCAGCACUCGUUGCAGCUCUUUUGGCAUUGGUUCUGAUUGACUGGAAUUACUCUGGGCUUGCGCCUUCUGGAGUUGCGACUGGCGCCUCUUUCAUCGCCUAUGUUUCCUUUCAAUCAAGACCAAGGGGCGGCCGCUCCUUACCUGACCUGAAUCCCUUCGAGGAGCAUGUCUACUCUCUUGCACCAAGAGUGACUGGACUCCUUUUAGUUGGUAGUAUUGCCAGAGUAUCCAUCUUUGGUCUUCCACGUAUUAGUCCCUUAAACGCAUUAUUUCUGGGACUGGUAAAGGCACUUUCCUGGCGAUGUGUUGCCAGCGCUGCUCGUCACACGUCAUGGGCUCUUCCGACUAUGAUGGCCACAUUUGGUCUUCUAGCAACGCGCGAUCCGUUCGAGUUCACAUUUGAGAGCCAGGCAUUGUUUAACGCUAUAUCUGCCUUGCUUUGCCUUGGCCAGAUUGCUGGUUUCGUCCCAAGACAGAUACGCCCAACGCGAUUCUUGUGUUCCUGCAUUACGCUACCGAUAAUACCCUAUGUAGCCAAUAUCAUGGCUAUUUGUCACGUUCGAACCGACGCUCGAACCUUCACCGCGGAGACACCACAUCCAGUCAUGGCCCUGUACAAUAAAGCACUGAAUGAGUUCGAGAAUCAAUCUAGAAGGCAAUCCAGGACCUUCGAGGCCGCGUCGCAUAGCUAUCAGACCAAAUAUGGUAUAGAGCCGCCACAAGGCUUUAAGGAAUGGUACGACGCUGCACGCUCCAACGAUUCACCAUUGGUCGAUGCGUUCGACUCCUUGUAUCAGACAAUAUCGCCGUUCUGGAGGGUAAGCGGCAGUCAGGUCCUCGAUGCCAUGCAUCAAGCGAAAACCCUUCCUGGAAGCGAUUUGUGGCUUUGCACAUUCUCAGGCACAUCUUCGACAGCAAAAUGCAGUCACUCCCAUCGUACUUUUGACAGGCAUAUCACGCGAAUGUUCAACAAUAUCUUGGCCAAUUUCACUGGGCUUCCUGAUGUGACAUUUCUUGUCAAUCACAUCGAUGAACCUCGUGUUAUCUAUCAGCCUUCUCCCGAAGCAUCUGCCCCUCAUGACCUCAGGAUAACUGUGGGAGAUCGUAGUCGACAACCUAUAUGGGACUCGUUGACCAAGAGCUGUGGCCCUGAGAGAGAAGUAGAAGUCCAAGACAACAUCAAUACCUUGGGCAUCCCAUUCGUGACCAACACCUCCUUAACCCAAGAUCUCUGUCAACACCCAGAAUACAGCGCCUCACAUGGUUUCAUGAUAAGCCCCGUCUCGUUUCGUCCGAUCCAUGGCCUGGUUCCUAUCUUCUCGACUGGCAAACUAUCCACAAUGAGUGACAUUCUCAUUCCGAGCCCAGCGUAUAUUGAGCAAGAAUUCAUUUACGACGAGUCAAGAGAUGUUGAUUGGGGCCGAAAAAGAAAUAACCUCUACUGGGCUGGCUCGACUACAGGUGGGUUCGCGCUUGAUACCCACUGGCAGCUUUUCCAUCGACAACGAUUUGUCGAACUCACACAGAAUCUAAGAGCGACCAAAUGUUAUCACUACCUACGAAUGAAGGAUGGUGUCGCGCAGAAAGUCAAAUCUUCUUUUCUAAAUGGAAGACUGUUUGAUGUCACAUUCACCCGCAUUUUCCAAUGCCAGAGACAAGCCUGUAGGGACCAAGAUGCCUAUUUCAACACCAAAUCCUGGGUUGAUAAAGAUGAAGCGCUCAAGUCAAAGCUUGCCUUUGAUAUCGACGGCAACGGUAUCAGCGGACGGUAUUAUAAGCUACUUGCUUCCAAGUCGGCGCCAACGAAGCAGACAUUAUUUCAAGAAUGGCACGACGAUCGACUAAUACCUUGGCUGCACUAUAUACCUGUCAGUCAAAGUAUGGAAGAGCUCCCGGAGCUGGUCUUUUAUCUCACCUCGACUGCAUCUGGAAAAGAAAUCGCGAGGCAGAUCGCAGAGCGAGGUCGACAAUGGCAUGCUCGAGCAUUCCGCGAGGUCGACAUGGGUCUGUAUGUUUACCGGCUGUUGUUAGAGAUGGCAAGGCUCCAAGAUCCUCAACGCAACACAAGUUGGGAGUAA